AUGACGGCACUGCGCGAGAAGGACGCGCCAUGGGGACGCGUGUACGUCCUGCACUGCGCGCACUCUCAUACUGAUUUCCGGAUCCCAGAGAUCGUGGCGAGUGCAGAGUACCUGGGCUUGCGUCAUGAAUUGCUGCCUACGCCAUCGCGCGAGUGCCCAGACGGCCUACUCGGCGAUGUCUCACGUCCGUUUAUGCUGUGUAGGUUAGAGGACGACGAGGCAGCGCGCCAGAUGCUACGUAGAUGCUCGUGUCUCCGUGGCAUUUGGGAGCUGUGGGCCUGUGCGGAUACGUAUGUCGACUUGCAUGCACGAAAUCAGGCACGGCGGGCGUAUGAGCCAUGGCUCGCGCCGCAGUACACAUGGAAGGCCCUGAUGCAAGGAUUCAACGUGGCCAUGGGCAGCAAGCGACGUAUUGCCUUGAUCGAGUCGUUUUCGUACAUGGACUUUAAGGGGCCCACACAGAUGCGAGGCUCUGACGUGACGUGGGGCGUCUUGGAAGAGUACCGCCGGCCUACCGACCCACAAGACGUAGAAGCGCGUGGCCAUGCCGAGUUGGGCGAUCGUGAUCCACGUCUCGUCCAGCUCUUUUUGGGCCGCAAGAUCAAGGAUCGAACGGGCGCGAUGCCUGCGCGAGACUUGAUCGAUGCGCUCGACCUGAAAAAGCGUACCUACAUCGGGAAUACCAGUAUGGAGAGCGAAAUGAGUGUGAUUAUGGCGACGAUGGCCCUGGCUGGUCCCGGCCAGUUUAUUUACGAUCCGUUUGCAGGGACGGGCUCGAUGCUCUAUGCGUGCUCUAUGCUGGGCGCCUUUACGUUCGGCAGCGAUAUCGAUGGGCGUAUGCUGCGCGGCAAAGAUCGGCAAGGCCCGUCGGGUAUUACACGCAGUGCCCAGCAGUAUGGAUUGCGGGGGCGCGUGGUCGAUACAGCCGUAUUUGAUAUGACGCAGUCGCCGUGGCGUGUGCCCUUCCGUGGUGAGGUAGGCCUGUUUGAUGCGAUUGUGACAGAUCCUCCCUAUGGCGUACGUGCAGGCGCCAAACGACAAGGCCGAAGGAAUAUCGAACACCAGCGUGACGAGCCGUUCAUUAUGGCCGAUGGCCGCGCUGCUCAUACCCUGCCUGACUAUAUCCCGCCGACCAAGCCGUACCACCUCUCGGAGCUAAUCGCCGAUUUGCUGGCAUAUGCCAGCGCAUUGCUCAGGCCAGGCGGCCGCCUGGUGUUCUGGCUGCCGACCAUGACGGAGGACGACGUAGAGACUACGAUCCCGGAGCAUAAACACUUUGUGCUGGUCGCGCACAGUCUGCAAGACUUUGGCCGAUGGGGCCGUCGCUUGAUUACCAUGCAGAAAAAGGACGACGCGGCACAGAGCACGAUGCCAUCCAGCUACGAUCGCAUGGCCGUGCCUCGACGCAUGCUCGCGAAUGAGAAACCAGACGAAUUCCGCAAUCGCCUAUUUACGCCGCCCCCGGCCACGUCUUCGUAG